AUGGUUGCAGGGUCAAUGAUUAAUACAUGCAUGAGGCACCCAUUUGCAGUCCGAUCGUUUGAUUUCAACUUUGAACGUCCUGAAAUCAUUGUUUGUGGUCGGUCGGAUGGUUAUGUCACAGUUUGGAACAUUGAUCAUUUUCUGCGAAUAGACAACAUCAUUCCAGAUCCCAAUUGGAUGCAAAAUACCAUAGACGAUCAUCUUAUUGGGUGGGCUGAUAAAGAUAAAAACCACUCUGGCUCGAUUCUUUGCGUAAGAGUAUCUCCAAACAAUCGAUACCUUGCUACAGGUGCAAGCGACAACACAUGCAAGAUAUGGAAUAUAAUAUCUUAUAAAAAAAGUUUGGAUACGGUUCAACGCGAAUUGCAGCAAGCGGACGCUAUUUUAAAAAAACUUAACGGAUAUAUUGAUGUGACAGAUACCGUAUAUGACGAGCAACUCAAAUAUCAAGAGUAUAGUACACUUAAAAUUGGCGAAGUUUCAUUGAGUUCUGGAUAUCAUGCUGAUCUUCGUUGCACAUUACGCCACGAAGCACCCGUAUUGAGCGUCCGAUUUACUUGUAGCUCUGAUAUUACUGUGACCGGUUGUAUGGAUUCUACUUGUAGACUAUGGUCUAGCAGACGUGGCGAACUGUUGUUUCAAAUCAACACACCCGCACCAGUAACAAUGGUUCAAGUUGAUAUAUGCGACCACAUCUACCUAUCAUGUCAAAAUCGACUUUUAAUCUUUGGAAUCAAAGCAUUGUUCAAGGAAGACGAUCUUCCUCUUUACUGGCAGCAUUCAGAAAUUAAACAGCGAGUAGAGCACAUCAUGGCUGGAAAAAACACCACGCGCACUGUAUCUACCAAUCAACCUGUGUUGCCAUUAGCGUUGAGAACUGUAUCCUUGAAUGAGUUGCGACGUCUGAUUGCACAUGGAUUGGUUCUUCCACGGUUUCUUGAAACACUGUCAAACCAAUUCAAUGAAUCCAACAAUAAACAGUUGGAAAUCAAUAUGCGACGGUAUAAUGUCAGUGGACGACAGGUUUUACGGCUUAUUACAAACAGCAAAUUCCAUCCAAAAGACAUUCUUAAAGCACUUUCAUCAAAAGGAAACACAUCAAUUUUAUAUUCGCUUAUUUUACAUGGAAAUGCUAUUACGGGAUACAUGCUUAAACUUGGAUACGAACAGCUCGAUGACAAUCGCGACAAAUCACAAAUUCAAAUUGAUUUUCGAGACUUUCAGCCUCCAUCACUUUUCCAAAGAAACAAAGAUCGUCAUAUGCAUAGCAAACCUCAUGGCGAUUUUGAUUAUGAAAAAUGGUGGCAAGGAUGGUAUUCGGAGAAAGAUCAAGAUAACAUGGACAAUGAUUAUGACGAUGAAGAUGACGAAUUGGGUGCUCGACCACCAACCCAGCCUAAAGGAAAAGUGCUUCAUUUUAUUCCUUCAAUGCAAAUGAAGCUACUCAAAGAUCUCAAGGCAAAACGAGAUGUCAAGCCAAUAUUUUUGCGUCAACUAGCAGUGGAAACCGAGCAAGGUCGUAUAUUUCCCAACUUUGAUCCACAUGACAAUAUUUUGGAUCAGCGACCCAUUCUUCCUAAGCAUGCUGUCCCAAAACAGGGUGUCCGGUUUAAUGAAAGUAUUAUAGGGAAAAGUAAUAUUGGCAAACGACAAGAUGCAAGAGAACGAGAUAAUGGGCCGAGACCAGUUCCACUGGGUGAAUACGCUACGUGGAAAGAAUCACUCAGCAGUUCACAAACGAUUUUUAAACCAGAAAGGUAUCCCAAUUUUUCUAUACAAAUUGCAUCACAUAUUCAAAGCGUGCAGUCACCAUGGAGUACUGAAAAUACUAACAUAUGCCUUGAAAUCUAA